GAAAAACCUCGUCGACCAAUCAGACGCGUUGCUCGGCGCAUUGGCCCAGUCAAACUCGACGAUUUCACAACUGUGUGAUCCGCUGACGAUGAAAGUUGGACUUUUUGGCAGUGGAUUAUGUGGAGGCGUCUGCACGUAUGCCAAGUUAACAUCUUCUUUUUCGGACUUUGAGUGCUUUCAGAGCUCGCAUUUGGAAACUUAAUCUGAACUUUGUAAGAGGAUGGAUAACAAGGAGGAAUCAAAGAGUUGUUCUGUCAGUGUCCUGACCUGGGAGCAGGUGAGCCGGCUGGAUGAAGUUCUGUCCGAGGUUGUACCUGUUCAUGGACGGGGGAACUUCCCUACCUUAGAGGUGCGGCUGAAAGACAUUGUGGCGUGGGUGCGAGCCCACCUGGAGCUUAGUGGCAUCAGAGUAAAAGACAUACGACUCAAUGGCUCCACGGCCAGCCAUGUGCUGGUACAGGAUAUCGGCUGGAGCUACAAGGAUCUGGAUGUCAUCUUCAGGGUGGACCUGCCACACGAGGCAGAGUUCAGGCUCAUUAAGGACGUGGUGCUGGGUACCCUGCUGGACUUUCUGCCCGAGGGUGUGAACAAAGAAAAAAUUACACCCAUGACUCUGAAAGAGGCUUACGUCCAGAAGCUAGUCAAGGUCAGCACAGAGCAGGACCGCUGGAGCCUCAUCUCCCUCUCCAACAAUAAUGGCCGCAAUGUGGAGCUGAAGUUUGUUCACACAAUACGCCGGCAGUUUGAGUUCAGUGUGGACUCCUUUCAGAUUGUGUUGGACUCCAUGCUUGCCUACUACGAGCUGGCACAGACACCCAUGUCACAGGCCUUUCACCCUACUGUGAGAGGGGAGAGCAUGUACGGGGACUUCAACAUGGCGCUGAGCCACCUGCGUAACAAGCUCAUUGCCACCAAGCGGCCGGAGGAGAUCCGAGGCGGCGGCCUGCUGAAAUACUGCAAUCUGCUGGUGCGGGACUUUCGGCCUGCCAGCGAGGAGGAGUUCAAGGGCCUGGAGCGAUACAUGUGUUCACGCUUCUUCAUCGAUUUCCCUGACAUUGGUGAGCAGCAGCGCAAGGUGGAGGCCUACCUCCAGAGCCACUUCAUAGGUGAGGAGAAGAGCAAGUAUGACUACCUCAUGAUCCUGCGGCGAGUGGUCAACGAGAGCACGGUGUGUCUUAUGGGCCAUGAGCGGCGGCAGACCCUCCACCUCAUCUCGCUGAUGGCCUUCCGAGUGCUGGCAGAGCAGAACGCCAUCCCAGAUGCGUCCUGCGUCACCUGCUACUAUCAGCCAGCGCCUUAUGUCCGAGACCACAACUUCAGCAACUACUAUGUGGCUAACCAGAACAUUCCAACAUGGCUGCCAUGUAACUGACAAAACACACAAGCGGAAGGAUGUACAGGGCACUGCCACUGCUGCAUUUGAGAAAAGAGAAGGAAUUUAAAAAAACUCCCAAAAAAAUUUAAUAUAGAGGCAAUAAAUGCUAUGUUCCUCUCAAGGCACAGUUAUAUUUAAGUGGACAAGUGUUUUGCUUUGUUUUUUGCAAUCCUUUCUCAUUCCUUAUCUACAGAGGUGUCUAGGUCAUUGAAUAGAAAGUGAUAUUUUAAUUGUUAUUUGGGUUUUUUUUUCCUCAUCAUGUUUGGUUGUUUCCCUGUUUAUCAACUUUAUUCUUAAUGGAGUUGUGUUUUGUGCCUUUACCUCCAGCCCCCACCCCCCAAUAAUUUAAGUAUUGGCUGUUUUGUGAAGAAAGGGAAUAAGACAAAUUUACAGCCUUAAAUUUGGUUUUCUAUUGUGAUUAAAAAAAAAAAAAAAUGUGAAAAGGCAGAAAAAAUAGAUAAUAUUGAAAAAAUAGUGUUAUUGGGGAAAAGGUUUCAGCCAAAUGCCAAUAAAACAAAAAAAUGCUGAGCACUGGUGUUAACAUGUUUAGGUCACUUGGGAGGGAAGAAAGGUGGGGCAUUAGUAACUCACACUCACAUCAGAAAUGAAGGGGAGGUGAGAGAAAUCUUUGUUUUAAUUCAUUUUGACAUAUAAAUAUCUGCUCACAGACCUUUGUGCUCUCCUUAAUAUGCCGGCAGUGCCUGUGAUUUGUAAACGAUGCAAGAGAAAAUGUGUGUAUUUUUAUUUUCCACUGUGAAUUUCAGUAUAGGACAAGCUCCUCUCCCCCCCCUUUCUCCGGUUUACUCAGCCCUGUACUUUUCAGUCAGGACUGCCUCAGAGUGGAAAUCUGCAGUGAGAUAGUUCAGAUCUCAGAUAGUCGGGCUCCUGUGUGUCUGAGGAGUUUAUUUUUCUGUGUUUUUAAGUCACUUCCAAAGCCUCACCAGUGACCUCCAGAUGUCACAAUCUUCUGGCUAUUGUGGGAGGCUGACUGACAGGUCAGAGUGCACAUAGGCCCGUUGAGAGACCGGGGCUGGCCUCGUUGCCUGGAACAAGAGCUGGCUGGGAGUCCUGGAGUGACAGGCUGACUGGCUGUCCCUUCCCUUAUAAGGUGCAGCACAUGGUGGGCCCUGCAGGGUCGUCCCUCACAACCAUUGCAGGCUCGACAGCAGCCCUGAAAUGGGAUCCUCCUCUGACGCAGCUCAGCAACUGGCUCUCAAACUGCAGGCUGUCUAUAAUUAUCCUCUUUUCUUUUUUUCCCGGGGGAGGUACCUUCAGAGCAGGGAGCCAGGGAUGGGUGUGCGAGCAGUAGCAGCAGCAGCAGCCCUGCCACCUUACAUGUGUGGGAGCUGAAUCACUUCCUGUCCUCUCUGGUGCCUGCUGGGACCACGCAGUGUUUGAACCCCUUUUGUGGUCAUGGGAGGAUAGACACCACAGAGUUCAACUGGUAUGUUAAGAGAAACGCCAGCAUGUCUGCCAGAGGGACACCACUCCCAUUUUGGACUAGGACUUUGAUUUAUCAUGGAAGCUACAUCUGACUUGAGCCACAAGCCCCCCACCCCUACCCCACCAGCUGUGAUGUAGUUGCUCCCCACCCCAACGUUUAUAAAUUUCUAUUUCUAACCAAGUCUAUUACUAGCUGUGAAUUUUGAACAUUUGCAGUGUGGCAUUACUGGCAGAUGGGCUAAGCUGUGACCUGUCAAUAUGUCCUCUUCCCUUCCCUGACAUCAUAGUAUCCAGGUUUGAGACGAGAAAUGUUUUUCUAAUAUAAGUGGCAGCUGCUAUGUGUCAACCCCUCCUGCCCCUCAGUUCCCCAGAAGCCCUCUCUUAUUCCAGCUCAGUGUGCUGCUGCUGCUGCUGCUACUACUCAUCUCGCUGUGUCUCAUGUUUAUACCAGAUAACCAGGAACAUAUCUUAUCUAGCUGGCUCACAGCCCCUGGCUGGUUGGAGAAAAGUCAGAGGAAGGUCAGCCUGGCCUCUUCUGCAGGUCACGCCCAGGGGUCAGGACAUGAUGUGCUGGCUCAGCUGCUGAGCUUUGGUAUGGGAACUGCCAUAGUCUUUUGUUUUUUUUUUUUUUUUUUUUUAAACAAGUGAGGUGCCUGCACACUUUUCUCACUCUGGACCAAAGCCAAAGUCUGCUUUACAACCAGCAACUGCAGCACUCAAGUGCCUUUCACUUUUUGGAGAGUGAUGUAGCUUUUUAAAGGGUUUUUUAAUGGCAAUCAGGAGGGUAAGAGUUGGCAAAAGUUUUUUUUCUUUUCAGCCCCUUUAAAGCCUAUGAAACUCAAUUAUGAUACAAGAUUGUCAUCACUGUAUGAGAUAAUGGGAGAAUGCAUACAUUUUUGGUAGGGGAGCAAAAAACCUUUGGUUUGAAUUUGAAAUUUGAGUUUUGUUAUUUUAUUUUUCUUUUACUAUGUUUUCCCCUUAUUUUUUUUUUCUUUAUGUUCCAGUCCUAAACCAUACUUUUCCUCAAAACCCCUGUGUGUAGUCAUUCCUAUCUGUCUUCUCAGCCAUUUUAUUUUACUUCCUUCUUUGUCUUUUCAUACAAGUUUGGGCCUUGCUGUCACUGGCAACCACAUUGACUUCAGUCACACAUCAAUGCCUUUUGAAAUUCAAAUUUUAAUUCAUUCUGAUUGUCUAAGCAGAUGUUAUAUAUUCACACCCUUAAUUUAACAGACUGCCAGGCAUUUGCAGCUCUGCCUGCUCUGAAGGAACCAGGCUAAAUUAGUUUUUGCGGACAGUCCUGUCCACAUUCAAACCAAAGCAAUACCUGAAGCGAGCCAUACUGUGGCACAGUAGCUGGAGGUCACCCAGCAAGAGACCCCCAACUAACAGAAGCACUUUAAAGAGGCCUUGUUUUACUCCAAACCCAGCCACCUGAGUGGAAUGUAAAUAAGCUAACGUUGUCAAUUUCUGAGGAUGUUGAGCCAGUUCUCAGGGACAUAUUGUGUUUUGAGGGCUUUGUUUUGUCCCUAUUUCAUUUUUGGUAGGGUGAAUUGGUUUAUUCUCCCCUUGACAUUGAGACGUCACUUCCUGAUACUCCCCUUCAUUUUGUGUCUUGUUCUUUCUGUGUUAAUUGUAACUCUUGACUCUCCUUCUCCCAAAGUAAAGCAAACUAACUUAUUAGGGUCGAUCACACCUGAGGUGGCCAGCAGACUUCAACUUGCUCAGGCCUGACAGAGUGCAGGGUGUUAUCUGUGCAUCCAUAUGCUGUGCAACCCUACCACUCAGUGGAUAGUCCCAUCAUAGUUUAGUGUUAACACCAUACUCUUAAACCUAAAAUGAUCUUUGCCUUGGGGACAAAACAUUGAUUUAAUCCCUUUCCUGAAAUUGCACUCCUCAGUUUAAUUAUCUCCUUUGAGUGAUGAUCAGUUGUUUCUUUUCAGUGCUUGGAGCCACAUUCAAAACCAGAUGUCUGGUCAUGCUGCAGCUCAUAGUAGCAGGUUGAAGUCUGCUGUGUGUGUGUGUGAGGACUAGUCUCUUCAUGAGCUCGCUCACUAAAAAUAGUCGAGGUCAAAGAAAAUGCCAGUGUUUCUUGCAUUUUCUAGACAGUGGGUGGUGAAUGCAGCCUGGAAUGUAAAUCCUCUGCUUUGUGUGUGUGUGUAUGUGUGAGUGUGAGUGUAUGUAUGUGUGUGUCCACCCUAACUUCACGUGUUUACGGUUAUUUUUCUCUGAUGCCCAAUAAUGUGUUCCUGUUAACGAAAGCUUUACCUCUCCCACUAGAUGAGGGUGGGAUGCAGCAGGGCUCACGUUAAAUCACUUUGUUCGUCGGGGUUGACAUAUAUAUGUACAAACUUUUUGUGAAGGAAAAUAUGUUUAAGAAAAAAUAGGAUGAAGUGUAUUUUGCUUUUUUUAUUUUAUUUUCAGACCCCCCCCACACACACUUUUUUCUGCUGUAAACUUGUCAGUGUUAUUGAUCCUGUUGCUUCUCGCUCACCUCGCCUUUAGUCACCCCACUUGUUUGGACCUCUGUUUAUUAGUGCAGUGUGUUUAGGUUUUUUUUUUUUGACACCUGUAGAUGUACUAUUUGCUGGAGGUUUGUGCAGAGAAAGCUGUUAGAUAUUUAGUGGUUACACUUGUCUAAAGUACAAGUCUUACACCAUAGGAAUGUGAUGGAGGCCCUCUGGAAGCUCUCCUACAGAUUCUAUAUGAAGAGUUGUGAAGUCUUUUUUGCAGCAGCAGAUUUGUGUUUACAUUAACGUGUGGUGAUGUGUGUGCUUGUUUGCAUGUGUGUAUGAAGGGGAUGCCUGUGGAUAUACAAGUUUAAAAAGUGGGGAAAAAUAUGAAAUUUUGUGGCACUAUAUAUUUUUUGAAAUAGUUAAUGCAAAAAGAGCUUUUUUUGUCAGCUUUGUGAUUAUGACAGUGACUUUGAUGGUUACAACCAUUAUACUAUUUCAUUUUUCAGCACUUUUACCUCACUUGAGUUUUUUCCUUUGAAUGGAAAUGUUCGUGUACAUCAGGAAAAUGUGUUUGAAGAGGAAAUAAUGAAUAAAGAGGAUUAAAUGCAA